ACUAUAAAACAGACCGCUUAAGUUCACGCGAAUUGAAAGUGCUUAGCGCUUCUCAAGUUGACAGUCAACAGCUCGUUUCUUUAAAAACACGUGCUUAUCCGAGCAGGAUGUGUCAAGACUCAGAGCUGCGUAAAUGGAGAGGAUCUGCGCGAGAAUAAGUAGGAAAAGUGCGCUCUUUUCUGACCACAGCUCUCUGCCGGAUAACACACGUGGACGCUCAUGCCGGGAUGGACUUUAAUUUCUCAUUUAGCAAAAUGUGUGGAUUGUUGUCUACGGAGCUGCAUAACAAGAACGCCCUAUAAGGCUGCAUUUCUAUUUAAACUGUAGAACUGAAGCAGUAGACUCGGUGCAAUACUUUGGCUGUCACAUUGGCUAAAUUAGAGCUCGUUCAAACACUGGCAUCAGCAAAUGCACAAGGAUGGAUUUGGGUAAAGUUGUGUUGUUUAUCCUCCUCCUCCACUGCGUAACGCUGAGCUCAGCCUUGUCGACCUGUGCCACCGUAGAUAUUGAUCAUGUGAAGAGAAAGAGAGUUGAGGCCAUACGCGGUCAAAUCCUGAGCAAACUUCGACUGACAAGUCCCCCUAAAUCCAUGGGACCGGGCAAAAUCCCGUAUCAAAUCCAGGCGCUGUACAACAGCACCAAGGAGCUGCUGGAGCAGCUCGGAAAGGAGCGGCAGCAGAGCUGCGGUCAGGACAACACCGAGACAGAGUACUACGCCAAAGAGAUCUACAAAUUCAACAUGCUCUAUGGACUACAAGAAAACAACGAUUUAACCCACUGUAUAAAAGGAGUCACCUCCAAGAUUUUCCGGUUUAAUGUUUCUGCCAUGGAGAGGAACGCCACCAACCUCUUCAGAGCCGAGUUUCGUGCUUUAAGGAUCCCAAAUUCCAGUGCCAAGAGGAACGAACAGCGGAUUGAGCUCUACCAGAUUCUAAGGCCAAAUGAACACAUCCGAAAACAGCGCUAUAUUGGAGCAAAAAACAUACUGACCAAAGGCACUCCGGAGUGGGUGUCAUUUGAUGUGACUGAGACAGUACGAGAAUGGCUCAUGAACAAAGGAUCCAACAUGGGUUUGGAGAUCAGUGUGCACUGUCCAUGCAACACUAUCAGCCCUAAUGGUGACAUCAUUGAUGAGAAUGAGGUUCUGGAAGUCAAGUUUAAAGGGAUUGAUGGAGAAGAGGAGCAAAGUCGCUUGGACCUGGAUUAUUUAAAGAAAAUGAAGGACCAGUCUCUGCCUCAUCUGAUCCUGAUGAUGAUCCCCCCUCACCGCCUCGACACACAGUCCACACGGAGACGCAGGAGGGCCUUAGACACAAACUACUGUUUCUCAACCACAGAGGAGAGCUGCUGUGUUCGAAAACUUCACAUUGAUUUCCGUCGAGACUUGGACUGGAAAUGGAUUCAUGAGCCGAGCGGUUAUGAUGCCAACUACUGCUCUGGGCCGUGCCCAUACCUGCGCAGUGCAGACACCUCGCACAGCUCGCUGCUGAGCCUGUACAACACUCUGAACCCAGAGGCUUCAGCCUCCCCUUGCUGUGUUCCUCAGGAACUGGAGCCACUCACUAUUCUGUACUACUCCGGACGGACGCCCAAAGUUGAGCAGCUCUCCAACAUGAUCGUCAAGUCCUGCAAGUGCAGCUGAGGCACCUCCAGUCUUACGGGCCGGUUUAGACUUUUAGCUGUGAUCAAAACUUUUACAACUGUGGCUUCAGCUCUGAAACACUUGGGAAGUAAUUUAACAUUGUAUAUUUAAAAUGAAUGAUGCUCAUAUUAGUUUUCCAGUACUUUUGUACCUCUCUGCAUCUUGAAUAAUGAUAAAUCCAAGCAAUUGGAAAUGAUAAUUUAAGCAGAAAUUUAGAGUUAAAAUCUGAGCUAGUCAAUCUUAAGUUGCCUCCAUUCUGAAAUCAAGCAUUUUGUUAGACUGGAUUCCUUCCCUGGACUUAAGAACAGUGGGCAUUAUACUGAAACACAAAGGGAAAAAGGGCAGACCUGCUGCUGUAUCCAGAACCAUAGCUGUGGUCAAAGAAGGGAGAGCCGACAGAACGACUGUUGGAUUUGCAAAUGGAAAGUGGAUGAACCAGAAGUUGAGCCAAGCUUUUCUUUCUCUGGGCCAGUCAGUGAUGAUGAACUUUUUUGUGAAUUCAAUAUAACUAAUCGUAGAAGAAAAACAGAAGGACUGCAAGAGAAGAACUGUGAUGGAAACUCUAUCCAGGAGUGUACUGCCAUUCACUGGACACUAUCACUCUUCUUCAGACUAUUUCUGGACAAAAUACUGUAUACUGGAAAAGAAACUGUUACACAACCACUUUAACAAGAUUUAUUUUACAGUAAAACCAGAUUUGGUCUGUUAUGCAACAUUUAAUGUAAUAGAUUGCUCAUAAAAGGGAUUGGAUUGUUAGAUAUAUGUUGGACUUUCAAACCAAAUGUAUGAAAUGAAAUGAUGCACAAUGAGGCCUUAAACAAGACAUUUCUGAACUUCUUACUACAAUUAAAGCCCUUAUGUAUUCUUAAAAUCUCUCAAAAACAACUAGAGAAAUAAUAUUGAUUAGUACAAUGUUGAAAUUGCAGUUUUAUUUAGCUUUCAACCCUUUUAAUUUCAUAAAGAAGAAAGUGUGUUGAGUGAGAUUUUGGAUUUGAGUUACUGAUGCGUCCUCCUACCUGAAUCCAAUGCACUAUUUUCUUUCUAUAUAGCAGUUUGUCUUGGUGCUCUUUAACAGUGAGGCCUGAUUGGAAUGUGUAAAGAUGUGAAGAAAGACGUCAUUUUAAAAGGGUCUGAAUUUAGCACAACAGAUGUUAUGUUUCCUUGUACUGUUUAACAUUCACUGACACUGAGCAGUAAUAUUGUUUGAUUUUGAUGAAAAAGAAAACAUUGAUUUUUAAUAAAAAGAUAACGUAAAAAGUUGAAUAAGCCAUUAAAUAUUGUGAGAUUAAAUAUUGUUAUGUAAACACCCGAAUCCAAACCUUGUAUGCACCAUCUUGAAUUUCAAUUUAAAAAGGCUGCUCUGGUUUCAUACAAGCAUAUUUUUUAUGACUUAAAUUUCAACAGCUGCUUCCUCAGGGCAAAUGAACAGGCCUUACAGUAAUAAAUUCACCUCCUUUGCAGCUUAACAGCUUUUCCAGGCACAAACAAUUAUUCAU